AUGAAUCACCUCUCCAAAGUCAUAGACCAGAGUGGGAAGGGAGUUGCAGCUGCAGGAGCCUCCGGAGGAGAGUCGGGGCCCGUGAGGCUAAACGGGAUUCAGGGAGAGUCGGUCACUUUCUCUCCUGUGGUUCCAACAGGAACCCUGGUUACCAGCAUAGCCUGGAAUGCAAAAACAACUAUAGCAAUUGUGGCACCACAAGCCCCCCUCAAUGUGAUAGAUCAGCGUUACACAGAGCGACUGAGAGUCCCUGACGGGAGCCACUCACUGGAACUCACUGACUUAAGCCAGGAGGACACGGGCACAUACACAGCACAAAUAACCAUACAGGGAAUCGCUGAACCCACCUUACAGAGAUUCGCCCUGCACGUGUACAAACGACUGACAGAGUCAGACAUCAACAUCUUCCCUGUGCAGAACUCCGUGCGCACUGUGAAUGGGACGUGUAACUUCACACUGAACUGCUCCCUCCAGCGGGGAGGAGAGGAUGUGACCUACACCUGGAACCAGACAGCAGAGAGCACGGCUGACUCCAGUGAGGGAUCCAUUCUCAUCUCAUACAGACUCGGAAGUGGGGUCUCAUCUGUUAUCUGUACGGCCAGAAACCCCGUCAGCAGCAGCUCAAAAUCAUUCUUGCCAAAGGAAGUUUGUGAAGACCUUGCUAACGCCGCCAAACAUCUGUUUGGCGGCAACUGA